GUUGGCUCUUGGCUGGCUCUCUGCUCUCGGCGUGAAUGGGAACUCUUUCGCUUUGACUGUCGAGCUCUGGCGGCAAUGGCGGAAGAGUCUUGGUAGCCAAUUUUUUUUACUGUUUCCGUUCUUUUCAUCUCUCGUUUAACUGAUUCUCUGCAACCAUGCGCUCCAAAGACAAAAUCGCAUAUUUUUAUGAUGGGGACGUGGGUAGUGUUUACUUUGGACCAAACCAUCCCAUGAAACCGCACAGGCUGUGUAUGACCCACCAUCUUGUUCUUUCUUAUGACCUUCACAAGAAGAUGGAGAUUUAUAGGCCUCACAAGGCAUACCCCAGUGAGCUGGCUCAGUUCCAUUCCGAGGAUUAUGUUGAAUUUCUACAUCGGAUUAGACCUGAUACGCAGAACUCGUUCAGAACUGAAUUAGCUAGAUUUAAUCUUGGAGAAGAUUGCCCUGUUUUCGAAAAUCUGUUUGAAUUUUGUCAAAUUUAUACUGGAGGAACUAUAGAUGCGGCUCGCAGAUUGAAUAACCAACUAUGCGAUGUUGCUAUCAAUUGGGCUGGUGGAUUACAUCAUGCCAAAAAAUGUGAGGCGUCUGGAUUUUGUUACAUCAACGACUUGGUCCUAGGGAUCUUAGAGCUUCUUAAACAUCAUGCUCGGGUUCUGUACAUAGACAUAGAUGUUCAUCAUGGAGAUGGUGUAGAGGAGGCCUUUUAUUUCACGGACAGGGUGAUGACAGUCAGUUUUCACAAGUUUGGGGAUUUGUUCUUCCCUGGAACUGGUGACGUUAAGGAAAUAGGAGAAAGAGAAGGGAAGUUCUAUGCCAUCAAUGUUCCACUCAAAGAUGGAAUAGAUGACACAAGCUUCACCCGCCUUUUUAAAACUAUAAUAUCAAAGGUCAUAGAAAUCUAUCAACCAAGUGCUAUAGUUCUUCAAUGUGGAGCAGAUUCGUUAGCUGGGGACCGCUUAGGCUGUUUUAAUCUCUCGAUUGAUGGUCAUGCUGAAUGUGUCAAGUUUGUCAAGAAAUUCAACCUUCCUUUACUGGUUACUGGAGGCGGAGGAUAUACAAAGGAGAAUGUAGCUCGGUGUUGGACAGUUGAAACAGGGGUUCUGUUGGAUACUGAACUACCCAAUAAGAUUCCUCAAAAUGAGUACUUGGAAUAUUUUGCCCCUGACUAUUCGCUGAAGAUUCCAAGUAGACUCAUAGAGAAUUUUAACAGCAAAUCUUAUCUUAGCACCAUUAAAGUGCAAGUAAUGGAGAAUUUGCGGCACAUACAACACGCUCCAAGUGUGCAGAUGCAAGAGGUGGGGACUCUUCUCUCUAUAUUCAGCAAAAGUAGUGUUCAAUAUAAAUCCUUGCUUGUUUGGUUCCACCCGACUUUUAUAUCCCCGACUUUGACGAAGAUGAGCACAACCCAGAUGAACGAAUGCAUCAGCAUACACAAGACAAGGAAAUCCAGAGGGAUGAUGAGUACUACAACGGAGACAAUGACAACGAUCACCCGGCUGGAUCAUGAAGCGCAUUCGGACGGGAUUCAGUGACUGUGGGUCUGUAGCUAUUUGUUCAGAAGAUUACUACUCCCUGCCCUGAUUUAGGGGUUGACUGAACUCAUCAAACUUAAACUUUGCAUAUCUUGUAUUGUAUGUAGCAUAUCAUGCCAUGCUUUUGUAACUCCGCCUGGGGAAUGCUCUAUUUAUGAAAUGCAAGGAUUAGUGGAUGAAACCCUUUCCGUCUAGUGGAUAGUGGUAAUCCUUGAACUAGUUGCAGGUUCGAAUUCAUUAAGCCGUAUGUAAUCUCAAAAAAAGGAAAUUUUCUCUCUAUAUUGGCGAUUAGGAUUUGGAAAGCGUCCAGCAGAGUGUUUUUUCCCCUCAAAAUUUCCUCCUGCUACCGUGCAAAUUUUGGAGAACGGUGGGUUGUUGAUUGGGAAGGACAAUUUCCCCAAUUUCCCUCCUUGACUUUCGUUCCCCCUGUUCUCUUCCCUUCCAGAAAAGAGAGGGUAAAUGGAAAAGAUGGCAAAGUCGCCGCCUUUGGACUCUUUCCUACCCACAAAUUCCUAUCAUUGAGACCUGCAGCGGACUGUUUGAUUGCGCGCGCAGCGUAACUGCGAAGGAAAGCAAACUGAAAAGGUUUUGAGAUUGGACGGCUGUUCCCUCUCUAACGUCUUCCCGCGAAACCGAACGGAGUAACGGUAUACCCAAAAAAAGGUUUCAUGGAACUGUGAAGUUGGGGACUUUUUAUGUUAGCUACAAGGAAUCCAACAAUGGCUACUGCUGAAGCGAUUUUCCGAACUGGGUUGCCGCGGCUUCAUCAUUUCGAUCCUUCGUUUAAUUGUUCAAGCUCGCUCCUUUCUGUAAAUCCCGCUGAUGGUCGCUCCAGAAGAAGCAGGAGGAAUCAUGGUUCCAAAGCUUUAGUAAAAUGCCCUGCCAAGGUUCACGCACGACGAGGGAACACUGGUGCCCAUUCUUUUGGGAGGAUCAAUAAGUUCGCUGGAAGACAGGAUUCUAGCAGAUGCAAAUGCCAGCAGCAGUCGGAAACUUUUGGCAGCGAUGGUGGUAGUGGAGGGAUGUCAAUUCCUGUGUUUGACGUUAAUGGCGGUCAGGAGUUUGCACUGCAGCAGCAAUUAAAACCAGAAAAUGGAAACGUUGCGGUAGUGGGAAAUGGUGCAUUGAUGGAUGGAAAUGGAACAGCUACAACUACUACAGAUGGCCAACCGAAGGGUUCUUCAUCGAAUCCAAUUGAGGAUGAAGCUUGGGACUUGCUUCGUGCCUCUGUUGUUUACUACUGUGGUAACCCUAUUGGAACCAUUGCUGCUAAUGACCCAAACAGUAGUACUGUAUUGAACUACGAUCAAGUCUUUAUUCGCGACUUCAUUCCUUCUGGAAUUGCGUUCCUUUUGAAAGGGGAGUAUGAUAUCGUGAAGAACUUCAUUCUUUACACUCUUCAAUUACAGAGUUGGGAGAAAACCAUGGAUUGUUAUAGCCCUGGUCAAGGGCUAAUGCCAGCUAGUUUCAAGGUUCGAACUGUUCCUCUUGAUGGUGAUGAGGAUGCCAGUGAAGAAGUCUUAGAUCCGGAUUUUGGUGAAGCUGCAAUUGGUCGUGUUGCACCAGUUGACUCUGGAUUAUGGUGGAUUAUACUCUUGCGAGCUUAUGGAAAAUGCUCGGGCGAUCUCUCGAUGCAAGAGAGAGUGGAUGUACAAACUGGGAUCAAAAUGAUUUUGAAACUGUGUCUUGCCGAUGGCUUUGAUAUGUUCCCAACUUUGUUGGUCACGGAUGGUUCUUGUAUGAUUGAUCGGCGCAUGGGAAUUCAUGGGCAUCCUUUAGAGAUUCAGGCCCUCUUUUAUUCAGCUCUACUAUGUGCACGUGAGAUGCUUGCUCCAGAGGAUGGUACAUCUGAUCUCAUUAGGGUCCUCAACAACCGUCUGGUAGCCUUGUCAUUCCACAUCAGAGAAUAUUACUGGAUUGACAUGAGAAAACUGAAUGAAAUAUACCGUUACAAAACCGAGGAGUACUCUUAUGAUGCGGUCAAUAAGUUCAACAUCUACCCAGAUCAGAUUCCUCCCUGGUUGGUUGAGUUCAUGCCCAGUAAAGGAGGCUACUUGAUUGGAAACCUGCAGCCUGCUCACAUGGACUUCCGCUUCUUCUCUCUGGGGAACUUGUGGUCCAUAGUGAGUAGUCUUGCUACCGUGGAGCAGUCUCAUGCUAUAUUGGAUCUGUUUGAAUCGAAAUGGGAAGAUUUAGUGGCUGAGAUGCCUUUCAAAAUCUGCUACCCUGCUCUUGAAGCCCAAGAAUGGAGGAUCAUCACGGGCAGUGAUCCAAAGAACACACCCUGGUCUUACCAUAAUGGUGGUUCUUGGCCAACUUUGCUUUGGCAGCUCACUGUGGCAAGCAUCAAGAUGAACAGACCGGAGAUCGCAGAAAGGGCAGUUGAGCUUGUCGAGAAGCGGAUCUCCAGAGACAAAUGGCCGGAAUACUACGAUACCAAGCGAGGGAGAUUCAUCGGAAAGCAGUCAAGGCUGUUCCAAACUUGGUCGAUUGCUGGGUACCUGGUAUCGAAGCAGCUUCUUGCCAACCCUGAUUCAGCAAAGAUUCUGGUGAACGACGAGGAUUCCGAGCUCGUGAAUGCCUUGUCUUGCAUGAUCGGUGCCAACCCUAGGAAGCAGCGUGGCAGGAAAGCAUUCAAGCAGCCAUUCAUUGUAUGAACGAAUGCCUAUAGCUAGGUAGUGGAUUUGUAACAGGAAGAUCCAGUUUGUCAUGUUUAACUGAUCAUGAAUCUGGGGAGAGUUCGUUAUGUCAUUAGGUUGGUUUUAAAAGGUUGUAUUGUUUCAACCCGGUGUAGGUUACUGACUGUAAAUAUUCUGCAUUCAUUUUGGGAUAGGAUAGUUAUGAGUUUGGUUAUAAUACUACUGUAAAUUUGCCAAAUUCAUGUGUUGGAGAAGUAAAUUUACAGCCUGUGAUAUGCU